GACUCGUGGUGCUGGCUGCCGCUUUUGAGGCGGCCGGGAACGGGCGGUGGGGAGCGGGCGGAGCUGGCCUUGCCAUUGCCUGGCCGGCGCCGCAGUUGGCGCGGGCCGCGCCCGCCGCCGUAAACUGCCCUGAGCGCCUGCUGAGGCCGAGGGAGACGUCGGGGCCUGCACCUGGAGGGAGCCUGCCGCGCUGGCCCCGAGGAGGGGGCGUUGCCAUGGCGACAGCCUCUCCCGCCGCUGACGGGGGGCGGGGGCGGCCCUGGGAAGGAGGGCUGGUCUCCUGGCCCCCUGCCCCUCCCCUUACUCUCCCCUGGACUUGGAUGGGCCCAAGUUGGGGGCAACACCCUGGGCAUUGGGGGUUUCCAGCUCUCACAGAACCUUCAGCAUCCCCAGCUGGCAGUCUUGGCAUCUUCGAAGUAAGGAGAGUUUUAGAUGCUUCUGGAUGUUCAAUGCUAGCACCUUUACAGACUGGAGCAGCUCGAUUUUCUUCAUAUUUACUUUCAAGAGCAAGAAAAGUGCUGGGCUCCCACUUAUUUUCUCCCUGUGGUGUCCCGGAGUUCUGUUCCAUAUCCACCAGAAAACUGGCGGCCCACGGCUUUGGCGCAUCCAUGGCGGCAAUGGUGCCCUUCCCUCCCCAGAGGUAUCACUACUUUUUAGUGCUGGACUUUGAGGCCACGUGCGACAAGCCACAGAUUCAUCCUCAGGAAAUCAUCGAGUUCCCCAUCCUGAAGCUAAAUGGUCGGACCAUGGAGAUUGAGUCUACCUUUCACAUGUAUGUCCAGCCCGUAGUCCAUCCACAGCUUACUCCCUUCUGUACAGAGCUCACUGGGAUUAUUCAAGCCAUGGUGGAUGGUCAGCCGAGCCUGCAGCAAGUGCUGGAGAGGGUCGAUGAGUGGAUGGCGAAAGAAGGCCUCUUAGAUCCAAACGUCAAGUCAAUUUUUGUCACCUGUGGAGACUGGGACUUGAAAGUCAUGCUCCCAGGCCAGUGCCAGUACUUGGGCUUGCCAGUGGCGGAUUACUUCAAGCAGUGGAUUAAUCUGAAAAAGGCUUACAGCUUCGCCAUGGGCUGCUGGCCCAAGAAUGGACUUCUAGACAUGAACAAGGGCCUCAGCCUUCAACACAUAGGCCGGCCCCACAGCGGCAUUGAUGACUGCAAGAACAUUGCCAACAUCAUGAAGACACUUGCGUAUCAAGGCUUCAUCUUCAAGCAGACAUCAAAGCCGUUCUGAUUGGCCGAGGACGGGAUGGGGCAGGACAGGGUAGCUGCUUGGCCCAGCCCAGAACCCUCCUUUCCCUCACCAGAGGGGAAAAGGGAGAGUGGCACAGCUCUACAUCCAGAGUGUCCCCCAGCCUGCCCUGUGGGCUUGUGCCCUGGGUAAGGGCUUGGCCAAUCGGCCCCUCUGGAGCAGACACUUUGUGCCCCCCACCCCAAUCCCUCAACCUUAGCCCAGUAUUAGCCCCUCCCAUUGUGGGCCUGGGCUAGGGGGACCCAGGCACUCACCGCCUCUUCCCUGGUACACAGGCUUCUGCUGGGGCCACCGAGCCCCCCUGUGCCCCCUCCCAUCUGUAGUGCAUGGUGUGUGGUGCCCCCAGGGCUCCAGGACAGAUCAGGCCCCACCUUGUGUCUACCCCCAUCCCCGCUGUGAACGUGCCACUGAAUAAAGUCGGGGAAACGAG